AGUUCACAUUUGUUUUCUAAUUACACAUGUAUUUAUUUCAGGGGACUUCAUUUCAGAAUUCCAAAUGUAUUUCGUUUUGUACAAUCCCACAUUUCGUUUUUUUCAGGGAUCUUGUGUUUCAUAAUAACACAGGUAGGUAACUUCAUUUUAGAACUACACUUUUAAUGUGUUUAUUACAAGAGACUUGUAUUUGAUGUCAAAUUGAAUUAUGUAAGGGGCACUUUUAUUUCAGUGUAAUAUUAACUUAGUUAUUUAUUUUAGGGGACCUUUUUAUUUGUUAUCAUUCCACAUUUAUUGACAUAGCAACCUGACAGGCAGGGUGCUAUGUUGGGAUUAGUUGCUGCUUCUUUAGUUUAGCCAAGUUGCUGUCCAACCCUAUGACUUAGACAUGCUUGUUUGUUCAAGUGUUCCUGUACGCCUAAGGUAGAAUACGAGAUCUAGAUUUCUCUCAAUCGUACGCUGCCAAAAACCAGUCACGCUCAGAACCUGCUGGGAUGUGGCUGGAGAUCUCAAUGCCCAAAAACCAAACCAACAUCAAAGAACGGGUGGUUUAAGAAGUCAAAUUGCAUAUAUGUUUUGCUUCUUUAUGUCAAAAAAAUACAAAGUAACGUUUACCUUUCACUUCACUCUCGCUUACCACUACGCUUUAUUUCAGAGGGCCAUGCCUAGUGAAAAUAUCCAAGUCUUGGAAUAAUCAGAUGAGAGGAAGUAAACAAAUAUAAGCGAGUAUUUGUAUGCCCUCUUGACUUUUCCUUGUUUUCAUCCCUUCUGUUUCUCUUGUGCUCUCAAUUGCUUAUCAGAGUAAUUUUCAUUAAAUCGCAAAAACUAAGGCGCCAGGCUCUUACCAACAGCCCGGCUGACAGUUGACUUGAUGUGUCAGGGCCAGUCUUGUAGACAAGAUGCUAUGAUAUUCCUGUUGGGGGAUGGUUUUUAUCUAAAGUUACAGUUUGGAACAUGUAACUCGUAAUGAAAGUCAAGUAACAUUUGUUAUGCUUCUGAUGCUUGUCUUCGGUGCCACUGGGUCCGUUUUCGGGAAGUCUGUCUGUAGGGACCAGCAGAACAGGGAGGACUGUCCCCGCAGUUGUGUCUACAAAGCCAGUUUCUUUAGAGAGAGAUCCCUGCUGUAACCUACGGGAACAAGACUCGAGCUGCGGUUUCGGACUUGCUCUGCUCCCUGCAAGUCUGGUUCAUAACAGAUGGCAACCGAGCUUUGGCAUGGAGUUGAUACGCUCCUUUGAUUGGUUGUUGUGCUGUGGGACAACUGAUGACUUGACAACAAAUUACCAAACAACCAUUGAUCUGACACACACCAGUCAUGGAGUUCAACAAAUUGAAGACAUUGUGGAUAUUUUGCUUGUGUCUCGUUGGAAAAAGUUGGACUGAAAGAUCUACAUCAGACAAUCAUAUUGUUGAAAAUGGCGUGUCGGAUUUGUGUCGCAUCGAUGAGAAGCUUUGCAACGAUGAGAAUGAAUUUCUCAGCUACGAGGCGAUCCGUAGUAUUCACAAGCAGAUGGAUGAUGACGCAAACGGCAAUGUAGACGUGUCCGAGACAGACGGCUUCCUGAGAGAAGAUCUUAACUACCAUGACCCCAAGGCCAAGCACAACACCUUCCAUGGUGACGACCAGUUCAUCAGUGUGGAGGACUUGUGGAAGGCCUGGAAGGGCUCUGAAGUGUAUAAUUGGACAUUGGAGGAGGUGGUGGAAUGGCUCAUCACUUAUGUGGAACUGCCACAAUAUGUCGAGGCCUUUCGCAAGAUGAAUUUUAAUGGAAGCGUCAUGCCAAGGCUGGCUGUUAAGAACACCUCCCUGACGCUCGCUAUUCUGAAGAUCCUGGAUCGCAGCCACGUGCAAAAGUUGCAGCUCAAAUCUUUGGACACCGUGCUGUUUGGAGCACCCCUGAUGAAUAGACAUAGCCACCUGAAGGACUUCAUGCUGGUUGUGUCAAUAGUCAUUGGCAUGGGUGGCUGCUGGUUUGCCUUCAUCCAGAAUCGCUACUCUAAGGAUCACAUGAAGAAGAUGAUGAAGGACCUGGACGGCCUGCAGAGAGCUGAGCAGAGCCUGCAUGAUCUGCAACAGAAGCUGCAGAUUGCCCAAGAGGAGCACCGUACGGUAGAAGUGGAGAAGGUGAACCUGGAGCAGAAGAUGAGGGAUGAGAUUGAUUCAGCCAAGCAGGAGGCCCAACGUCUGAGGGAGCUGCGCGAGGGCACAGUGAACGAACUGAGCCGUCAAAAGUAUGCAGAGGAAGAGCUGGAUCAGGUGCGCAUGGCGUUGAGGAAAGCAGAGAAGGAGCUGGAGUCCCGGAGCUGCUGGUCCCCUCCAGAGUCUCUGCAGAAGUGGCUGCAGCUCACCCAUGAGGUGGAAGUGCAGUACUACAACAUCAAGAAGCAAAAUGCUGAACGUCAGCUCCUGGUGGCCAAAGAAGGGGCAGAGAAGAUAAAGAAGAAGAGAAACACUCUCUUUGGGACUUUCCACGUGGCUCACAGCUCCUCUCUGGAUGAUGUGGACCACAAAAUACUGUCUGCAAAACAAGCCCUGGGUGAGGUGACGGCUGCUCUGCGUGAGAGGCUUCACCGUUGGCAGCAGAUCGAGAUCCUCACCGGCUUCACCAUCGUCAACAACCCCGGCCUCCCUUCUCUGGCCUCGUCCCUCAACCUUGAUGGCAGCCACUCGAGCGGCAGAGCGACGCCUCAGCACUUCAUGAUGUCUGAGGACAUGGACGACAUGGACGAGGAUUUCGUGCCUGGAACUCUGCAAUCUCCCAGUAUGAUGUCUCUGCGCCAACGCCACAUUGACCCCCAGCUGGCCAUGGGCUCCCAGAGAGACCUAAAUCGCUCGGACUCUGACUCCUCCCUGUCUCUCUCCCAAGUUGGUGAUCGGCUAUCUGCCUACAGCUCCAAAGGCCACCUUAUCAAGCCCGUCUCUCUCAUGCACAGCAUAUCUGGUCGGGCAGAUGACACCGUGUCUCUGCAUGCGUACACCCCCAACGGAGGGAACCGCAUUCUUGAGGUCAGUCCUGUAGAGCUUGGCCAUGACAGCCCAAUACUCAUGAAGAAGAUGUACGGCUUGGAGCAGAGUCCCACCCUGGCAGAGAUCCAAAGUAUGUCCGAGUCGUCCCGCUCCCUCAGCCCCAACUCCACUGAACCUGACACUCCGUCACCUACUGGGGGUCAACCAGGGGCCGUGGGGGCAAAGGCCAACACUCGCAUCCCGCAGCUGUCCUCCAAGAAGAGCCCGCUGGAGGAGGACAGCGGCUCUACUGGAGAAGACACAGAUUCCACUGCCAGCCGCAAGAAACACACCUUCAAGAUCUUCAAGAAACAGAGGAAAUAAGGGCUACAUGAACUACAGGGCUAUCAACGCUGUGUGACUGUAUUCCUCUGGUCUGUUUCUGAGAAAAGUUUUAUGGGUUCUUUAAUGGUGAAAAGAUGGCACAAUUUGUUGCCGUUGCAUCUUUUGGUAGGUACGACACCUACUCUAAGAAACUGUGGGAGCAACCAGCUGUUCUGUUUUAUCUGCUUUUUGGUCAAUGUUCAAUAUGUGGGGAAUGGGUAAGUUUGUAUAUUGGAGUGUAAAGUAUUAUUUAUUCUGCAGGAAGUUGUGCCAGUCCCAAAGGCAAAUGUUUUGUCACCAGUUUUCUUUCUUGUUCCUAAAUAUUUAACAUUUUGCAUGUCUUCACUUUUGUUUGACUGGUGGGCUACUUGAAUGCUCUUAGUGUUUGCUUGGUUAUGUUGUUAACCUGCUUAGACAACACUUGAUGUUUCUUUUAUUACUACCUAACCACCUAGCCUACACGUUCAAAGUGAAUGUGCAUCUCUUUGUUUCACUCAAUACUUUGUUUUUUAUCGAAGGUUACAAUUUUCCCUGUCUCUUCUGGCAGAGUAAAUGACACAAUCAAGAGAUCCUCAAACUGAAGAGUAGUCAAUACAAUCUUACCGGGGUACAACAGUGACAUAAACAUCAUUUUGGGAACAGCAAUUUCAGCUAUUGGUUGAUUUAGAAACAAUAGAUAUUAAUAAUUUGUAACAUUGGAUCUCAAGAUGUUUACAAUAAAGUACAUUUCCCUUUAACAAGUUACAAAAGGACCAUCAAAUUCCAGCUUUAGAUAUUUUUGCUUUACUUUUAGUAUUUAGGUGUCGAGUGCAUGAGAGUGAGAGAAAUGCUUUGCUUUAAGUGUCUAGCUUUUAAAAUCUGCCAACAAGUUUAACCACUGAUUAAUAUUUGGAAUAUCACGUUUCCUCAAUGGAGUAGGUCGUGAUCAACUUAGUUUCUGCGUUGAUUACAUGAUGACCUAUGAGACUGCGUGUUAUUGCGCUUUUAUUUAUCUUUGUAUUGUAUUUAAAAGUUACAUCAGAGAAAAAAGUACAUUAUAUAACGAGACAACAUAUAUAUCAAAGAUUUUAACACAAAAUACUAAAGCACAUUUUUACUGAACUAUUUGAUAAAGAGUAAUCUUUUGUCUUUUAAGAUUUGGUUCAAGUUUACCGUUCCUUUUGGCUCCUGCUAUCCCCAGUCCUUUUGAUUUUUGUUAAAAUAACUAUUUAGCUGAGAAUUAAAACUUCUCAGCAGUUUGUCGGUUUAAGAUGGGUGCUGGUAAGGGCUAAAGUUACCAGGCAAAUUAAUUUGCUCUGUUCGAUAUAAAUGUUCAAGUUCUAACUACUUUAUAAUUCACCUUUUUUUUGAAGAUUUAGCUUGUCAUGUCAUAUUGCCAAAUCUAUCCAAACUGUCAGAAGCCUUUACAAAGAACACAUGCUUUAUAUGAACAGUCUGUAAUGUAUCUCCUGAGCUUCAACGCUGAAUGUCCAAGGGUAAUGUUCCUGUAACAGUAUCAUCAGUACAAUAUGUUUACAUUUGUUACAGAUAAUUACUACUCUCAGAUUAUCGCAGCAAAAAACAUUGUGCCAGUUUUAAUAUUGACAGCUUCAUAUGAGCACAGAACUAUGCAUCAGUAGUUGUAGGUGAUUGCUAAAGUAGUAAGGACACCAGUACACUGAGGGUGUUCCUGACCAAUGAACAACCAAAAAGUGCUACAGACGAGACAGUGGGCCUCGACGGCCUCAUAAUGUAACAGGUGGUCUAAAUGUAUACGACUUGUUUGAAUGCUUUAUUUUAGAAACCAGCAACAACAACAAAAUAGAUUUCCUACUGGUACUUUUUGUUAAAGUGUAAUUUGUACUUCUUUGCACGACAGAGCUGUUAAUGUUUUUGCCUUCUGAAUGUGUGUCCGUGUGCUCCGAGUAUAAUGUAAUGUUGAUGCAUGUCAAAUGCUGUAACAAACCUAUAUUGGGUCAAAAGAGUUACCCACCCUACUUCUUCUUUCUCUUCAUUUUCAGCUUCUAUUUAUGAAUUCACACAGUAUAUUUGUACAGAGAAAAUGACAAUUUUGCAUCUUCUGUGAUGGUCUAGACUUUUACGGCACUCCUGCAUGAUAGCAAUAAACUAUUUUGAAUGAAAAA